AUGGAGAGCUUUAAAUUUGCUGUUAUUUUGAAGUUAAUGUUAAAGUUGUUUGGUAUCACAAACGAGCUUUCAAAUGUCUUGCAAAGAAAAGAUCUUAAUAUUGUGAUUGCCAUGGAAUUAGUUGAUGAUGUCAAAGUUCGAGGUAUUCUAGUUCUAAAUAUGGAUGACGAAAUACCGGUUCGGGGUCGUUCAAGGGUAGAAGGGAGGACUAUCGCUAAUCUUCAUCAUUACCGUGCAGAGAUUUUUUAUGUUGCUAUUGACAAAAUAUGUGUGGAUAUGGAUCACCGCUUUAGUGAAGGAAGUAACAUUAUCCUUGAUUGUUUCUCAUGUCUUGACCCCAAGAACUCUUUCUCCAAGUUUGAUGUUGAUAAGCUUGCUCGCCUUGCUAAUAUUUAUCAUGCAGACUUUUCUGAUGAUGACCGUGAAACAAUAAAGGAUCAACUUGAGACUUAUGUUUUUCAAAUGGUUCAAACUGAGAAACAUUUGGUAUUUCCGUUGGUUUACAAACUUAUUGAGUUAGCUUUGAUAUUGUCGGUGUCUACAACAUCCGUUGUAAGAGCUUUCUCAACAAUGAAGAUUAUCAAGUCUAAAUUGUGCAAUAAGAUCAACGAUGUGUGGUUUAAUGACUUGAUGGUAUGUUACACCGAGCGGGAGAUAUUCAAGCCACUUGAUGAUGUUGAUAUUAUUCGAACAUUCACCUCAAAGAAGUCUCGGAAAGGACAUUUGCCUCGUGAUUUUAUUUAA